AUGAAUGGCUCAGUUGAAGCUUGCAAGCACUUCAAAGUGGGUGAUCAUAUAGGUUGGCAGCAGCCUAGCGCUAACAACACUGCGUAUCAGAAUGAUUCAGUCCUUGUGGUGGAGAAAUGGGAUUACUAUCAUUGCAACACAAACAAGCCCAUCUCUUCCUUUAACGAUGGCAAGACUGUUAUCAAUCUUGAUAGGCCUGGACUCUUCUACUUCAUCAGCGGAGCCCCCGAUCACUGCACGAAGGGUCAGAAAUUGUUCAUCCGGGUGAUGGGUUUGCACCAAAGAGCAGAAUCUCCACUUUCCAUUGAAACACCACCUGAAGUUGGCCUUGCACCAGGGCCACAUCCUAGUUCAGGAUUAGUAGUUGCAGUGACACUUAGUUCAGUCUUUGUGGCUCUUAUUGUCGCAGUGGUAACUUUGGUAUGAUGUGCACAAUCAAUAACCCAUUUCUUUGCUUUGUUUAAGUCUUUUUGUUCUUCUUUCUUCUGUGACAGAUUCCAACUGUUGCAAUUCUUUGUGUCAGGAUUAUUCUGAUGUUGCUAUUGCUAAUGGUAGUUGCAUUUCUAUUUGAAUUUUGUUUUUAACAAGUCUUCUUCAUACUGAUUUGUUGAGGGUUCACUUUUACAGCAAAAAAAACAUACAAAAGAAAAUUUUGAUUUUGUAAUAAAAUAAUCAUUCAAUACUAUGUUGUGGAAGUUUCAGUUCAUUUUGAAACAUUAGGAUAUCAAGACUCUUAUUCUAGGAGUCUGGCUAUUUAUAGGUCCUAAGGAACAAGGAAGGGACUUAUCAGGGCGAUCCAGUGGCAAAAAUGAGGGUCCAUGAAUAUGACAAAGCCACUGUUUGUCGGAACCAUAUGCUUAAAGCCGAAGCCUAUCAUUUCCUGCAAUUGCUUCAAGGAAUUUGGCAUCCAUUUCGUUGCACUUCUGAGCUUUAUUCUAAGCCAAAAGCAUGAGUUUGUGUUCCAGUGUGGACUCCAAAUCUAGUUGCAUUUAAAUUUAAGGUCACUGCACAGUUUGGGUCGCAGCAUUAAUCUA